AUGGGUGAAGGGGACCGGAAAGGAUUAGUGGCAAGCCUACGGGCCUAUCCACCAGGUGUAUUUUUUAUGCUCGGCAAUGAAUUUUGCGAACGAUUCAGCUUUUACGGUAUGCGAGCAAUUCUAAUGCUCUACCUGAUCACCGAACAUCACUUCAAGGAAAGUCAAGCUUCGCUUUUCUACCACGCGUUCGUCUCGCUUGCUUAUUUCUCGCCCCUGAUUGGAUCAAUCGCUGCCGACAACUACUUCGGCCGGUUUCGAGUAAUCUUUUGGGUAUCCAUCCUCUACGUAAUGGGUCACGUAUUGCUUUCGGUCGGUGCUGUACCGCAGUUGGAUCAUACUGUCCGGUCGAUGCUUGACUUCAGCGGAUUGGCUGUGAUCGCACUAGCUACCGGCGGCAUCAAGCCUUGCGUCUCCGCAUUUGCUGCUGAUCAGUUUGAAGAACAUGAAGUCAACGAAAGGAAUCAGUUUUUUUCAUUUUUCUAUUUUGCCAUAAAUGCCGGCUCCCUUGUGGCAAUAUUGCUAACACCGAUGCUUCGAGGACGGGUGAAAUGUUUUGGAUCCGAGUACUGCUUUCCGUUAGCAUUUGGUGUGCCCGGUGUUCUCAUGCUGCUCGCAUUCAUAUUGUUCGUAAGCGGCUGGCGCUACUAUAAAAUAGCACCAGCUGCAAAAGGAAACGUUGUGUUCAGCGUGUUUUGCUGUAUAAUUUAUGCUGCAAAGAAGAAAAUUAGCGCUCUCUUCAAAGGCCAGGAUAAAGUUGAGCAUUGGCUUGAUUAUGCAGCAUCAAAGUACAGCAAUUAUUUCCUGUCAGGUGUAAAAAGUUUGGUUGCUGUUUCGGUACUCUUUGGGCCAGUGAUAUUAUUUUGGGCUUUAUUCGAUCAACAGGGCAGUACCUGGGUGCUGCAGGCACGACGCAUGGACGGUCGUGUUGGCCCGUUCACAAUACUACCCGAUCAGAUCAACACGCUAAAUCCGCUCAUCAUCCUGAUUAUGGUGCCCAUCUUCGAAGCGUUCAUCUAUCCAACGGCUCGUAAAUUUUGCAAUAUUACACCGCUACGAAAAAUGGCAACCGGCGGAAUUUUGGCUGCUGUAGCUUUUAUUAUGGCAGGACUAGUGCAGGUAAAUUUGGCUAAUUUCUAUAAAACUGAAAGAAACUGA